AUCUUCUGAGAUCAGUCUCCGAGUAAAUUUGGUUGAGUUUGGAUGCGUUCGUGCGGUUCUGCGUUGCCCGUUCGUCAAGUCAAGAGUGCUGCUGCUGCUGUGAUUUGGUUUUGACUCCCUUUGCUUUCUCGAAAGCAUUCUGUUUAUGCCUGAAGGAUUAUGACAAAUCGAGUGAAAAGUGAUUGGAAGUGUUUUAGUUAUUUGUGAUUAAAAGUAUACAAGAGCUGAAUAAAAAAAAUUCUGUCGAAGUGAAGAAGAACAAAACAGUGGUUAUGUUUGCCCUUUAUUCUAAGAAAACUAGCAAAGGAUUAACAGUCGCCGUUUAUCAUCUUUAAGAAAAAUCGCACGGAAAACUUGUGAGAAGAUUAAAAGAAGCAUCGUGUGAGGAAACUAUAAAAUUAUAAGUGUUUAGACUUCCAUUUUUCUUCGCCGCACAUCGCUGCUGUGUGGUUUUCUUUUUCCAUUUCAUCAGUGCGUUCUCAAUGUUCUCACUCCAACAUUGAGUUCCUUCUGGGCUGAGAAUCUAUUCUAUCCACGAACUAUCGAUCCCGGAUCAACCCCCGACAUGAACGACAUCCACAAUCGAAAUCUAUCUCACCUGCACAAUACUACACGGGUAUUGUAAACAUCCAUCCCAUCAUCGUGUGAAGCAGCUACCCGCAAGCAAUACUCACAGAACCCGAGUAUAAACGCUUGUAUAAACCAUCGUUACACAUAAUCAUAACACCGGAAAUAACCGUCGAAGAAGAAUUAGUGGAAUCAAGGAAACACUGUUCCUCCCUCAUUACCUAUCCACCUACUAUAAUACUAAAUAGUAGUUUGUCGUGCAAGUGAUGAGUUAACCGCGCGAGCUGCAGCAGCAAAUUAAAGCUCGAGUGCGUACGUGCGUGUGUUUGUGUUCGCGUUUGUAUGAUCUGACAUCCGACCUUCCCGCGCUAUCCCAACAACCAACCUCGAGUCUCGGGCUCUGAGCCGGGCACCCUACACAACGACGUCGCCGCUCUACUCGCGGCGCUCGUUUGCUUGUAAUUAUUUAAUUGUUUCAAUUGUGUAAUGUGCAUCCACCGUCGCGGACGUGGAUUGUGGUAGAUCAUUGUUGUCCUUCAAAGUGACACAACACAAGUGUUGGGCGAGAAGAAGAAGUAUAGUGUCUCAUAAGUGAGGAGAAGUGUUUGCAAGUCUGUUUAAGUGCAUUUUUGUUUUGUUUGCUCCGUGUCAUCCGUGUCAUUGUGAAUUGUUGUGUGAUUUGUUUGGGGCCCGAGUUCGAAAUUGAAUCCAAUCCCCCGUCGACGCUCAUGUCCAGCUGCUAAGAUAAUACGAGUGUCGGGCUAGUGUGCAUUGUGAAUGGCGGCAGUCGGUGGCCCGACCAGGCAAUCGCGUGGUGUUUCCAUGAGCGUCUCGAUGUCGCUGGUACAGGGUGGAGCAGCUGGUGCGGCCGGACCACAGGGAGCAAUCCUGGCGGCGGCCGCACCCUACUAUCAACAGCCAGCCGUCCCACAGGACGUGCAGCCCGAUCGCCCGAUCGGUUACGGAGCCUUCGGAGUCGUAUGGGCCGUCACAGAUCCUCGCGAUGGACGAAGGGUCGCACUGAAGAAACUGCCAAACGUGUUCCAGUCGCUGGUGUCAUCGAAACGUGUUUUUCGGGAGCUCAAGAUGCUGUGUUUCUUCAAGCAUGAUAAUGUUCUAUCGGCUUUGGAUAUCCUGCAACCACCGCAUUUGGACUUUUUCCAGGAGAUCUAUGUCAUCACGGAGCUCCUUCAGUCGGAUCUGCACAAAAUCAUCGUAUCACCUCAGCACCUCUCGGCGGACCAUAUCAAAGUGUUCCUCUAUCAGAUUCUUCGGGGUCUCAAAUACCUGCAUUCAGCACGAAUCCUACAUCGGGACAUCAAACCAGGCAACCUUCUGGUGAACAGUAAUUGCGUUCUAAAGAUUUGCGAUUUCGGGUUAGCACGCGUGGAAGAACCGGACCAGUCCAAGCACAUGACACAGGAAGUGGUAACGCAGUAUUACCGCGCGCCGGAAAUUUUGAUGGGAGCGCGGCACUAUUCGGCAGCCGUAGACGUCUGGUCGGUGGGAUGCAUAUUUGGUGAACUGCUCGGCAGGAGGAUUCUUUUUCAGGCACAAAGUCCAGUACAGCAGCUGGAACUAAUCACAGAGUUGCUAGGCACACCCACGCUAGAAGACAUGCGACACGCCUGCGAGGGCGCCAGGACACACAUGAUGCGGAGGGCACCGAAACCUCCAUCCCUAUCCGCUCUAUACACCCUUAGUACCCACGCCACCCACGAAGCAGUGCACCUUCUUUGUCAGAUGUUGGUCUUCGACCCGGACAAAAGAAUAUCGGUGAUUGAUGCCCUGGCGCAUCCGUACGUGGACGAGGGCCGGCUUCGUUAUCAUUCCUGUAUGUGCAAGUGCUGCUACACCCCUUCCGCCGGCAUGCGCCAGUAUGCUGCCGAAUUCGAACCCUCUGCGCCACAGCCGUUCGACGAUCUCUGGGAACGGAAGCUGACAUCAGUGCAGCAGGUCAAAGAGGAAAUGCACAAAUUCAUAGCCGAACAACUGCAGACGAAUCGCGUGCCAUUAUGUAUAAAUCCUCAGAGCGCCGCAUUUAAGAGCUUUGCCAGUUCGACUGUGGCUCAUCCUUCGGAGCUGCCCUUCACCGCACCAAUGGGAAUGACACAAUGAAGCGAUGGCGGCCUGAAAUUUGUAAAUUACUCAACUAAGCGCUGAACAAGCUAAAUCAACUCAAAAUCACACAAUUUGGAAUUCAACAAAAACAAAACUCAUUUUGGAUGCAAUGGAAGCUGAUUGUAAUAUAGUAGCAUAUAAUUGUGUGGGACAACCAACUAGUAGUAAACUAGACACUGCGAAACAACCAUGAUUAGUGGACAUGAACAAUGCUGCCAAAUAGGCAUCCCCUGAGCCGCGCUCAACAAUGCUUGCAGAACCAUCUCAGGAGGAUGCUACCCGUACACGCGGUGUUACACAGAAUCGAAACGAGAAAAAAAAACGAGAGAGAGAGAUUGAAACCUUUAGGCUAGUAGAACACGGCAACCAACAACCUCAACCAAUUUCGGAGGACGAGACAUUUUCUUCCUUCGGGACGACGACACGAUUCGUCGAAUAGGCGAAUCCACUGAAGAAGUAAUAGAAGCUAGUCGAUGCAUGCCACAAGCGUGGAAGAAGUGCAUCACAAUACAUUACACAUACACAACACAAACGGAACUAAGCGGAACCUUUACUGCGCUCUGGAGACGAUGGUGGAAGAGUUGGGGAGAGAGUUACCUUCAGAUGUAAGGUAACAUUGCAGCCCGUUUCACCAUUAAACUUUUUUUUCUGACUGAGCAGUAAAAGAGUCAUCGUUAAAUAAGCUAGAAGAUGAAAACAGACUGGUAGGAUUUAUGGUGAAGCAAAAACUAAUCUUUUCAACCGACCGAGGAUGGAGUCUGGUCUGGAAUGGAUUUACCAAACUGUUGUGCGGAGACGACGACGGAUGAAAUGUGCAACCAAUAACUCACGGAGACUAUCUAGGUAUUGGAUUGGGGAAAGGGUAUUAAGACAAAAGUUUUGGCAGGAUGCUCUCGACCGAAGUAGUACAUCGAUGUGUGUAGUUGAAUAAACUAUUAAUCCAUUUGCUUUCCUAUGGUGAUGCUACGACUGUCUGGCAUUAGUUAACGUAUCGUAGAUAUGCGAAGUAAAAAACAGUAGCCCUUGCAUUCGUUUGGGAAUGCUUCGAGCAGAGCGAUGAUGGUAUAAAAUGAACUGCUGUAGACAAUGAUGAUCAUGAGAAUCGCAAAGGAAUGGUUUAAACUUUAGUAGACAAUUUUUUAGUUAUAUUUAAGAUUAGUCUUCCACCACCUUGGUGGUGGAUGGAGAUGCUGUGUGUAAUUGUAAGGAAGGACAGAUAAAAGGGUAAACAUUGCGCAAGGAUCAGCUACUAACUAAUUCAAAUAUACUACUUUUCACCAGUAUGAUAAUGUUUGAUAGGGUUAGUAUAGAUACCUUUUGCGAGGUGCAAGUACUACCAGAGUAAGAAAGCAUGUGUGUUUGCGUGGUUGUGUGAUAUUUCAAAGAUUAUUCGUUUGAGUAAAUGUACUAUAUUAAGAGUAUCAUUUGUACAAGAACACCUUGAUUGAGCUAUUGCAUUACGAAUUGGCUUUCUCUGUAGUUAUAUGAAAAUCUUGUGAAACGAUAUAUAGAAGAACGUACCCUAAUAGUAAAACUCAUGCUAGUUUGGUUGCAAGAAUUCAUCUUAAAAGGUGAUAAUAUAUAUAUAUAUAUAUAUAUAAAUUAUAAAUAAAUAAAUGAGUAAAUCCAGUGAUGAAUUUUCAACUCUUAUGUUUAAUGACCCUUAGAACUACAUAGCGUUUUCAGGGGCACAUAUAAUAACUCCAAGCGUCUGUCUCAUUUGGAGAAUUAAACUUAAAAGUGACAGUUCGAAAAUUAGAAAAUCACCGAGCCAUAAGAAGGGCUGGUGCUAUCCAGCAAUUCCAAUAAGGGUCUGUCUCAUUUGGAGAAUUAAACUGAAAUUAAACUUAAAAGUGACAUUUCAAUAAUUAUCAAAUAUCCCUGCUCGCAGAGCAAGAUUACUUUUGACAGAUAUCGAAUCAUUUUGCAUCGAUUCUUAUUACCGGGUUAUUUGCUAAUUUUCGAACUGUCACUUUUAAGUUUAAUUCUCCAAAUGAGACAGACCCUAAGACAUCGAUGCAAAAUGAUUCGAUAUCUGUUAAAAGUAAUCUUGCUCUGUGAGCAGUGUUAUUUGAUAAUUAUUGAAAUGUCACUUUUGAGUUUAAUUUCAGUUUAAUUCUCCAAAUGAGACAGACCCCAAAAGUAAAAGACAGGCAAAAGCGAAGAGCAGUUUUUUACCUUUGCUCACUUGCAUCAGCAUACACGAAAAAAUAGUUUUCAAGUGUCAAACGCCUAUAAAUUUACAUUUGUGCGAGAAAAAACGCGAGGUGAGGACUAAGACGGUCAUUGUGGCAGCCGUUUUUGGACUCUGUCGUGAUUGUCCCCAACUCGCAGCACAUGAUAUUGUAUGACAACAAUUCUAAAAUUUAAGUCGAUUGCCUUUCCGAAGUAAUCAAAUAAUCUAUCAUUGUUUCAAAAUUAUAUACCUAUGUAGGUAAUAGUUUUAUUGAUCCGUGUGUUUAAAAAAUGUUCGAUUUGUGCGUUUGUUGUAUUAUCAUCAUCGUAUAAUCAAACUUUCAUCUACUCAGGUGACUGAGUAAAAUUUUAUUGCAGUUUGUAUUUUUCAAGGAAAGUUUACUCAAUAUACGUCAAAAGCGAGACUACGCAAAACUAUAAGUGUUUGCCACAUUUUACUUUUUCGUAAGCUUUUGAAGAAAAAAAGUGGUGAAAUUCAAAAAGUAAUGAAUUAAUUUAUGUGAAAAAGUUAGAACAAAGGGAAACUUGUAAAAACUAGAACAUUUAAAUAUGUUUCCGGGAAUUUAAAACUGUAAAUUUCAUCAUUUCAUCCUUCAUCUAUUGACGUAAAUUUGUUUCGAUGAGCUGGGAAUGCAAAGAGAUCUUUAAAUAAUGUUCAAGUAGACUAUACACUGGUAUUGGAAUUUCCAUAAAAAAAUAAAUUCUAAAUUUGAUCACUGACAAACAUGGUUUAAAUCUAACAGAGAUGUAUGCAAUGGUAUGUUCAAGGUGUUCAAAGCAAAAAAAACUCAACUAGUAUAAAUUCAUUAACAAAAAACAGAACUGAUUUACAUCCAUCAACUGCAGCUAAAGCAGGAGAGGAUAUUAAUGUUAGUAACAUUGUGUAUAUUAUUUUUUAAGUUUAUGUAAGCCUAGUUCGUAACUCAAAUAAAAAGGACAAAAAAACAUCAAUACCUUAAAAGAAGACGAAUCCAACACCCUACCUUUUCCUUGUUUGUAAAUAGUUUCAUUUCCCUGCACUGAUUUCAUACAUUUACCUAUGUACGUUUUUUAUGUUCUAGAGUUGCGACUUGACAAGAUACUGAAAAAUGCUAUCAGCAUCAUCGAAUUCCAUUUCGGUGUCUUGGCAUAGCAUUUCACCGAUUCUAUUGUGUUCACAAAAGUGCAUCAUGUCAAAUUUCGAAUUAAGAAAUGAGAUGCGAACAAAAAAGAUAUCCAUUCAAAAAAAGUCAGAAAAAAACAAAGGUUUAAUAAUAAGUAAUAACAAUCGCAAAGAUCUCAUUAAGUUCUCGUCUGUAUCUAGAAAUAAUAAAAAUCGGCAGGACAAUAUGCGGUUCCCAUGAGUGGCUUACCCAUGGAACAAUUGAAACUACUGAUAUCAAAUGGAAAAAAAAAACUGAUUCAUCCUAUAGGCGUAGCAAAAAAAAUCAAUAAUAAUUAUUUAACUAAAGCAUAACAAUUUGGCAAAAGGUAGAUACCGGAACUAGGAGAAAGUGCAGCGAUCUUAAUUCAAAUUCAGGACAUAAACAUGCCUACAUCGCAACUGAUGAACUUUAAGAAAUGCCAUGCAAGAAAGUGGCUGCGUUCUUGGUUAGUCAUGCCACAAACCACACAGUGAAUGCUUAGUUUGGCCACUGUGUCGCUGUGAUCGCUUGAGGGGAAAAUUGUUGCACGCUCAAAAAAACCUUCUGCGUUCUUCAAAUUUGAUUUCUUUCGAUUAUUGUUUUCAAAUCUGCCUGAUUGGUAUUUCGACUCGUUCAUACCCAAUGUAAUUUUACCAGUAGUGUGUACCUCUGUACUCGUUCCCCUGAUAUAAUUCGAAAAAUGAAAAAAUCCUAGCUCAUUAAAAUGAUAAUUUUGAAACUAUCACUGCGCGCAUGAAGGACUUGGCAACUUUUGCUUAGUUUUAGUAUGUUUAAUUCUAAUUCAAAUCCUAGGUGUGUAUUUGAAAGAUUUGUAAAAUGCAAAAACAAUGACUACCAUUAAAUAUAAUAAACCAACAAAGGAUGAAAAGAUUGCAUCAAGAACUAGCGUCUUUGAAAAUGACGAGUAUGCCAACCGUAAACAUGCUACAAUGUGUGUGAUUAGGAGAAGAACUGUGUAAUUAAAGUUGUAAAAAAUUGUAAAAAAAAAAAUAGAAAAUCAAAAUGCACUUAAAACAGACAAAA